AUGGACUUCUCUGACAAAGUUGUGUUAAUCACAGGAGCGAGCGGUGGCAUCGGUGCGAUCUGUGCCGUUGACUUUGCCAAAUUACAUGCAAAAUUAUCCUUAGUAGGCCGUAAUGAAGAUAAGCUUAAUAAUGUCGUCGAUCAGUGCGAAAAAGCAAGUGGGAUAAAGCCUCUCGCCGUAAUCGCAGAUAUAAGCAAGGCGGAAGAUAUAUCUCGUAUCAUCAAAGAUACCAUUAACCAAUAUGGGAAACUGGAUGUACUCGUCAAUAACGCAGGGAUGCUAAUCAUGGCCGGAGUUUUAGAUGACAUUUCAAACUACGAUCGUAUAUCAGCCACAAACGUUCGUGGUCCGUAUAUGCUCACCCAACAGGCCGUCCCACAUUUGAUCAAAACCAAAGGCAACAUAGUAAACGUAUCCAGUGUCCUGUCUACCGUUACAAUACCGGCAAUGGCACCUUACUGUAUAUCGAAAGCCGCGCUUGAUAUGUUCACAAAAUGUAUGGCAUUGGAAUUAGCCUCCAAAGGCGUUAGAGUCAACUCUGUAAAUCCAGGACCAGUCACUACUGAUCUAUUUAAGAGUGCCGGAGUCCCUGAACACCUUAUUAAAGAUUUAUAUGCAAGUACGGGGUCGAAGUUGCCUUUAAAAAAGGUAGCUCAAAGUGAAGAUGUUUCAAAAAUGAUUCUGUUUUUGGCAAGUGAUAGUUGUGCAAAUUGUAUAACUGGAAGCUUUCACAUCAUUGAUUGUGGUCUACAUCUCGGACAGCCCGUUCUUAUG